GAACAGUUUACAUGUUCAAAUAGCCUCAACACAACCCCAAGAGGGCAUCACUUUCCCAGGAAAUAAGUGACUAAAUCAAAACAUUGUUCAUUAUGUUCUUUAGUUUUUCAAAUGCAUUUUCUGUUAUUUCUCCGGGGCUAACUGGAGGUUUUGGCUCUGUGCUCGUAAAUACGACGUUCACAAGUACUUUUAUAUCAGGAGUGAACUGAAUAGCCUACACAAUGAUUUAAACGUUGCUUUCGUCCUUAGGACUCCAGUCACUUUCAUUCUUGAGCAAACGCUGGCCUCUUGUGGUUCAGUUUAAGAAUUUCAGUGUGGUAGUAUUAUCACAGGUAAAUGUCAAACAGAUGGAUAGGAGUUUAUAAUCUUUGUGUCAACUGUACAUUCACCUGGGAAAAUGUAGGCCCUAGUCUGUUGUAAUCCCUCAAGAGAUCAACCAAGUUUUUUUUUUUUUUUAAAGGGACGAGCAAAAAGAACAUGACGUUUUAAUAGAUGGGUUAGCUGGAAAUGUCACGAAAACAAUGUGCACGUUUCUAUGGGGGGCAGAAGUCAGUGUGUUGUGAUUCUGGAUGGCCAGAAUGACAAGUGGCAUGUGGCAUGUUCUUGAUACCAUGUCUUGUUUUGACUGAUUUCAUGGCAAUGCUAAUAUGGCCCAAAUUCGCAAGCUAAUCAACAACUGUAACGAUGUAUUUGAGAGACAACAAGUGCUCAUUGUGCACAUGUAUUUCUGUUUUUAAUAAACAUUGAAUUCGAAAUACAGUUUACAUGUUGUCAGCAAUGUAAAGCCAACCCCGUGUGUUUUGCCCCAUAGUUGUGCAAGCGUUGGUUUUGUUGCUAAACAACCAACCUUUCUAUACCUGCGAGUUGUGAUUUGUUUACUUUGUUAACGCUGCACUGGUGUUUUUUUUGAGGAAUUACAAGAGUUUCGCAAGUGAGAUCGUCACAGCUUGACCAUGGCUCGCGGCUGCCUCUGCUGUGUCAAAUACAUGCUGUUCCUCUUCAACCUGCUAUUCUGGUUGGGGGGCUGUGGUUUGUUGGGUGUGGGGGUGUGGUUGUCUGUGUCCCAGGGCAGCUUUGCCACCCUAUCACCAUCCUUCCCCUCCAUCUCUGCUGCCAACCUCAUCAUCACCCUGGGUGCUGUCAUCAUGGUUACAGGCUUCCUGGGUUGCCUGGGUGCCAUCAAGGAGAACAAGUGUCUGCUGCUGAGUUUUUUCAUCACGUUGUUGGUGAUUCUGUUGGCGGAGCUGAUCCUACUCAUCCUGUUCUUCGUAUACACAGACAAUGUGAGUGAGAACGCCAGACAGGACCUGAAAGAGGGACUUACUCUGUACAGCACUAACAACAACGCUGGCCUCGGCAACGCCUGGAACACCAUACAGACAGAGUGGCAUUGUUGUGGGGUGAAUGGGUACACAGACUGGCACACUGCCCUGCAGGAGAAGGUGGUUCCUGACCACUGCUGCCAGGAGAUCUACCAGGACUGUGGGCGCAAUGCCACCAACCAGUUCUGGACACAGGGUUGCUAUGAGAAGGUGGAGGAAUGGCUGGAUGACAAUAAACACCUGCUGGGAACCAUUGCCAUGUGUGUUCUGGUCAUACAGCUCCUGGGUAUGGCCUUCUCCAUGACUUUGUACCAGCAGAUCCACCGAUCCGGGAAGAAGUACGAAGCUUAGAACACACACACACACACACAGAGUUUGAGACCCAUUACUUGUGUACAAAAUUAUACUCUAAAAAGACACACACACACCCGCCACAAAACAGCUUUUUAUUUAGUGUUUAUAUUUACACACCCUUGUAUCAUUUUGUGCAUGAAGGCAAUAUUGUUUUUUAAUGAUCAUUAUAAUCAGUGUUCUUGGCCGGGAUUCAAUCCGACCGCGGUUUGUCCACAAUGCACGGUAAAUGGGUUAUUCCACAAAUAAAGUGCCAACAAUCAGCAUUUUGACAUUGUCCCUCGUUAUGUUUUUCUGACUUUUGGGAAGAUUUCAACUAAUUUCACCAUGUUUUCAACAUCAUUGAAAUUCUACUGUAAAGAGUUGAACUGGUUAUGUUAUGUUGUUGCUUUGAGUCUUUUCUGAAGGUUAUUCAUUUCAUGCAAUUUAAUUUGUCUGUCCCUCAUUUUAAGGCCAACCCUGUUACGUAAAACUGAACUCAUAUUUAUUUAUAAUGGUGAAACUAUUCCUUUAAGAAGUUAUUUUCAAAACAAAAUGUCAAAUCAGUAUAAAAGCAGGUGAGCUGGUUCUACUCUUUUUGGCAAUUUUCUGGUGUUUUGUGGUUAAACUGAGUUGAUUAUAACGCGUCAUCCCUGUUACCCAUAGAUUGGAUUUGUUAAAACAUUUCUAGCCAAUAGUUUUGUGAAGCUUGCAUUCAUUCUCUCCUCCCUGUUGCACUCAACAAGUGUCCAUUCCCCCUGUCACAAGUGGAUUUAUGGCUGAUUUCAGAUUAAAACCUCAACCCUGUUUUUUUUAAAGACACUUAGUAAUUUUUUUAUUUAACCGCUUAUGUGAAAUUAAUAGUUUGUUUUGACCAAUUUACACUGCCCAAAAUGUUAUUUUGUGGAAGGACCCAAAUGCUACAUAUAGCUCAAUCAGAAAUUCCCUUUAAAAAAGCUGAAUUGUCGACAACCCGCAGUCGGAUUGAAUCCUGGCCCUAGUUCAGUUAUGGGGGGACUAAGGGUGGGUGAGGAAGGGGGGGUUGGAUUGUGUGUAUGGGAAUAGGGACACCCCUCAGUCAUCCAUAAUAGAAUGCCUUGAACACAAAAUAGAGUAAUGGGAAAGAGAGGUUCGAUUACAUUUAUAUUGUAUGGAUUUAUUCUUGUAAAACCAGUGUUACUGAGAUGUGUUCAAUAAAAGUUAAGCUUAUUCUGUCAAAA